GAGAAUUUUGAAACAAAAUUUAAGUGUUAAGAAAGUUAUUAAACUUAGAUGUUGAGGGUUCAAACAUUACUAUUAACUACUACAACCAGGAUUCUUGAAUCAGCUAAUCGAUUUGGGAGGAUGGGUAAGAAGCAGCGGAGUGAAGAAGAAGGAUACGGCAACGACAGUCGUCCGUGGCUGCUCGGACUGCGGCCUGAGGAACCUUUCAUGACGUCCAGCACAACCAAAGACACAUUUACAGGAGAUCGGCCUUCAGCACCUAGUGGAGAAGGUAUUCGAAAACAGAUGCUAAAGAAAGAGCUUUGGGACCAGGCCAAGAAACAGAUCUUGGAGGAACUAUCAAAACCAGAGACCAACGAGCAGCCGACGACAACUUACAGCGGAACCUUCGUAAAGGAAGGAUUUAAAGCUGAGCCUAUCAAGACUGAUCCAGAGUUGCACCAGAAAUACCCCCUCUACCUAGACCAGGGAGUGAGCGUAUGGAGGGAGAAGCUGCCCUCCCUACCCGGCGCUACACGAUCGCCCCACCCCAGACAUCAGUUCCGCAGAUACGCUGGGUUCACCACACCGAUAGACAAACUGCUUUACGACCCAGCUGACAUUCAUUGAACUUCCUUUUAAAACCAAUAUCAAACAAUCUUAAAUCUCGGUAAAAUUUGUUAA